GCUAAGCGACACAAAGUCGUCAUUGCUUCAUUUUUUAUUGUGAGCUUCUCUUUGACGGGUUUGAUUGUAUCCUGUUUUGCGGCUGAAAGUAUAUCAAUCGAUUGAUUUUUAUCAAUUUCAAAAUGCCUGCCAGUCGUGUUGUAUCGGUGGCAUCGUCCAACGGAAGCACAGGAUCGAGGUAUUCAAAAAGAUAUCGAACUAAAUCUAAACAAUCUAGUGUUGACGAAUCUCUAUUUGGCAGCCCCAGCAAGCCAAAACCUCACCAGACAAAAGAACAGACUCAACUAUUUGAAACAUCACCACAUGCCAGGAAUGGACUUCGAAACAAUGGUCUGCGAUCAAGAACCAGAAAGCCAGAAAUAGUUCAAGUCAUAACCAAAGAUUUAAUUAGAAAUGUUGUUGUACCAAGUUCUGAUCCAUCUGGAUUAACAAUUGUUUUGAAACCAAGUAAUUAUGAAAGAGUGAGACGAGCUGCUCGUGUCAGGACUAAAGAAGAAAUCCAGGCUCAUUAUGAAAUGACAAAGAGAGAAAAGGAAGAAGCAAUGGAAGCUUCCCAGCAACGAAAAGAAGAAAUGAAACAACGUGAAAUGAUGAGAAAGCAGAAUGAAAAACUAAAUGAUUUAGAAGAAGAGGCAAAAGAAAAGGCUGAAUAUUUAUUGGAAAAAGCAAAUGCACAAAGGCUGGAGCAGGAAGAUGAAGUCAAACAUUUAAAUGAGCUGAUAUUGAAUGCAAAAUGUCACGCCAUCCGAGAUGCACAGAUUCUCGAAAAAUCACAAAUUAAACAAGAACUUGGUGAUGAAGAGAUCAGGCUGGAUACAAUGAUGGAAAUUGAUAGAAUAAAUGGAAUCAAAACUCAAGAAAAAAUAAACGAACUCAGAAAACAACAACGAUAUGCUGGAGCAGUCCAGAUCAUGAAACAGAUUGAACAAAAUGCACAAGAUAGAUUGUUAGAACAAGAAAAGAAAGAUCAGGAAUCUUUCCAAAUGUUAAAAUAUCUUGAAAAAUUGCAAAUGGAAGAUCUUAAAGAUCUUGAUAGAAAACGAGAAGAACAGGUUAAAAUGCAGCAAGAGAUUGAUAUUAUUAAUCAAGAACAUCAAAGGCAGAAAGAAAUUAGGACGGAACAAGAACAUCUUGCUGAACAGAAAGUUAUUGAGUACAUGAAACAGAAAGCAGAAAGAGAAGCUGAAUAUGAAGCCGAGCAAGAACGUAUUCGAAAGGAGAAGGAAAAAGAAACUGCUCGCCUACGUGCUUUGCAGGAGAGAGCUAGAGAUCAUCAAGCUGAACAGGAUGCUCUACGAGCAAAGAGAAAUCAGGAACAAGCUGAACGUGAAUGGAGGAAGAAAGAACAAGAAGAAGCUAUGAAGAAAUCCAAGAUGGAAGCAGUUAUGAAGGUUGCCAGAACUGAACAAAUUCAAAGUAAGGAACAUUUCAUGGCUGUGCAAGCCCAGAGAGAAAGAAUGGAGUUCGAAAGAGUUUUGAGAGAGCAACAACGUCAGCUCGAAAUAGAGAAAGAUGAAGAAGAAAUCAAGAGAGAUGCCAGAUUGAAUCAUGCUGAUGAAGUAAGGAAACAAAUUCGGGAGAAAGAACAAGCUCGCAUUCAGGAUCGUAAGAGUUUCUUUGAGGAAGGCAUCAAGAUGGAAGAAGAAGCUAGACAAAGGAGAGCAAGACUCGAUAUGGUCAAAAAGAAGAAAUUGAAUGAACUACGAAAAGCUGGAGUACCAGAGAAAUAUUGUGCUGAAGUUGAACGAAGUAUCACUGCACCACAGAGCUUGGUGUUUUAGAAAAACAUUUUUUAUUUAUGAACUGAUUUCACAAGUCAUAUAUGUUAACUUAUUAUUGGGCAUUGCCCGGCCAAGCAUAUGUGAAGUACAAUGCGUUUUAGCAUAUGCUUGGCCGGGCAUAUCCCUGUGAUAGAUUUUGGAACACUCGACUUGACCCCCGUUCACUCACUGUAUUUACCGAUGUUCUUCAAGCAACCCUAAUCCCCUGUUAGUUCGUUUCUUCUGUGUAUAUAACAGGUAUAUAUUGUUUAUUAUUUCUUGUUUUGGACUAGAUUUCACUUCGUUUUACGAAAAUGUUAUAAUAAAAAUAAAUUGUA